UACAAUAAUUUAUUUCACGGAAACUACUUUCAGUUACACGCUUUAUUAAAUUUGGGUUACGAAUUUUAAGAGGUUAAGAAUUUCUAACCGCAUAACAUUGGCUCAACAGCACAUUGAGACCGUCUAGCGAAACAUGUGGGCUGUAACUCUACCACAAAGACCAUUCUUUCCUCUCAUUCCCAAACCCAACAAACCACUCGCCGUAUCAGCCGCCUCUCAGCCCCCUCGCCACCGCGGCUCUUCCCUGACCAGAAAAGAUCGCCAACAGAUACAAAAUCAAGAAUCCAAAAACCAAAAACAAAGUGGAGCAGUAACUAAUCAGCUCAGUGGACUAGAUGUGCUAUGGGCUAUGCAGAGAGCGGCUGCUGAGAAAAACAGAGCGAGCGGCGGCGCUACUAAAAAGAAUCGGAAAACAAAGGGGUUGCUCUCUGCCGGCGGUGGUGGCCAAAGGGAGGAGGAUGAUGUGGACGAUAGCAAUGUCAGGCCUUUGUGUAUAAAGAGCGAAUGGAGUGCUAAAUUGGAUGAGUUGGAUAAGCGUCUUCAGGAACUCUCUGAAACCAAAUGAAGAAUUUUGUUUAAAUAGUGUAAUUAAUUGUUCAACGUUUUUUCCGAAUUUCAUUAUCCUUUUGCCUGUUUUCUAGUACAA